AUGGCGUUCCCACCACUGGAAAUAACAGAAAUAGUUCAGGAAAUUGCUUCAAUUCUACGGUCAAAGAAUCAGACUUUGGCAAUAUCGGAGGCAGCUUGUGGUGGUUUGAUAUCAGCGUACAUAGUCUCGGUUCCUGGUGCAUCAGACUUCUACAUUGGUGGUAAAUUACUAUAUUCAUUGAAACAACGAUUGAAGCUUUCUGGCUGGUCGGAUGAAGAGAUUGCCAAUUAUAUGGGUCCUAGUGAACAAGUGGCCUUAAAAUUAGCACGAACCGCAAGGUAUGAAUUAGGAUCGACUUAUGUGCUUUCAGAAACUGGGUUUGCUGGUCCAUCUACUGAUUUGCAUUUGUCUAAUAAUAAACAGACAGAUGAGGCAAGUGUGACUGGUGGUGGGGUCAAGAAUAAUGACAAGGAUGUUGAUAAUGGGGUCGCACCGCAUGUGGGAACAGUAUUUCUCGGAUUUACUGGACCCAAUGGUGAUUUCUCAACUAAAAAGCAAUUUGGAAAUCAAGAUAGGUCAAAGAAUAUGAGUGAAUUUGCUAAAUUUGCUUUGGAAUUCUUGUUGGAACAGUUGCAAAAUUGA